AUGUUGCCAUAUCCCAACGAUUGUCGCAAGUAUUACACAUGCCUAAGGGGACAGGCCUUCGAGCGGCAAUGUCCUUCGAACUUGUUCUGGAGCCAGUUAACCUACCGAUGUGACUACGCUGAGUACUCCGAUUGCACCUCGGACAAUCCGCCAAAACCCAACAACGAUGUGCAGUAUUCUGCAUUUCCCGGAGACUGCAGUCGAUUCUACGAGACACGAGUCCAUCAUUGCGAACAGAACUUCCUCUGGAGCCAACAAUUCCAGCGCUGUGUGGCACCCCAGUAUGCGAGUUGCCAGGACAAUCCUGUUUCAGUUCCCCCUGUUACCCCACCCACUGAUCUUAUACCCACUGCUGCCACUCCGCCAUCCGCAGGAUAUACUCCCACUGAUUCUGGUCGGUUACCAAUUGAUGCCCAAGCCCGGUGCCAAGGCAUUUCAAAUGCCUACAUUCCGUAUCCCGCCGAUUGCCACAAGUUUAUUUACUGCGGACCAACGGCCACCGUCUUAACUUGUCCGGGAAAUCUUUACUGGAACCCAAGCCAACUUUCGUGCAACACAUCCAACGCUGAUUGCCAGUACCCCCAGUGA